GCAGAAAAGCUAAAUUCAGCACUUGUUUGGCCAGUAAGUUACUUUUGCUGUGUUGUGUGCAUGAUGUCGAUGAGCUCGAGCAGCUCUCCGUGUUCCGUGCUCGUUGCCCUGAGGGCCUCUAGUAAGGGAAAACUCUCCUACAGAUCGCCAUUGGACAGUGACAUGCCACCAGCAGCCAAACUGGAGUUCUUGAACCAAUUGACAUCAUCUCCACCUAUGUCCCCUGAGGCUAUAAAGAUAAUCGAGGAACGGACCAAGCGACUGUCUCUCACAAAUCACACACCCUCACCUACAGUCCACACCACACACCGCACACCAACGCCAUCUUCCUCUCGUCAAACAUCCAGAGGGUAUAGCCUCAACUUUGAAGAGGUAGACUACGAUUUAGACGAUUCCGCCAACGUCACGACCACCAGUCUUGGGAUAUCACAUGUGGCCGUCCAAGGGGACUCCCCUAGUGCCGUGCCAACCGAGCAUUCGUUGCUGGAGGACAUGCAACAAGAAUUUGAUGAAGAAGUCAAGUCCAUUGAUGAUCGUCUCUUGGAGGAGAUGAACGAAAACAUCAGAUAUCGGCGGAUCAUGUUUGAGAGGAAGAUUGAGGACAUACGAGUGUUUGCCAUGGAGAAGAUGGCGGAGAUGGAGAGCAACAGAGAGAGGAUGUGGGAACAGGACGAGAUGAUUAGAAGGGCACAAGAAGAGAUAAAAGAGCACCAGAUUGCUCAGAAGCAGAGGGCCCUCGAAGAGGACUACAAACACCAAGCAGAGGUCAUGGAGGCUAAGCUGAAGUCUGGCGAAGAACAGAAGAAGAUCAUUGAGAAAAGAGCUGUUGAGAAGCUGAUGACUCAGUGCCACGAUUUACUUGAUGCCGCGUCUCAUACCGAGACCAAAUUCACGGUUUUACUGAAGUCCUGUUCCCAUACCCAGUUCCUGGAUCAGAACGUGGUCAACAAAGUGAGAGAGGGAGUGGCAGCUCUCAACCAAGUCAAGACCCAACUUUCCAAGGAGAUGAAAUCUGGCCACCCAGACCAGAAAAAAGUGUCCCAGUGCCGUGCCCAGCUGACUGCCGUUAACCCGAUACUAGCUGAGCUCAAGGCAUCAGUUGACCAGGCGAAUCAGUACGGGGAGAUAGAGGUCAAGAAACAACAGAGUCUCCUCGAGGCAGCUGCCAAGAAAUUAGAGGCUGAGCGUUUGGCUAAAACGGCCGAGGAACAGACUAGGGAUGCUGAGAGGAGGAAAAACGAAGAGAAGAAGAAGCAGGACGCAAAAGACGGGAAGAAAAAAGAUGACGGAAAAACGAUUGGAGGAGACAUUUCUGGAUUGCAAAUCCCCAAGUCUAUGAUCGAAACAUACAGUGCCCUCCAUGACCUCCACACGUGCACAAUGGCUACGACCACCUCUCUCACUAGCACACAGGACCGAGGGCUGAAAAUGUAUCGUUUUGACCUACAAAAGGCGGUGACCGGAACCAUCAACUCCGUCUCCUCCAACAGUGGACAAGACCUCAUCGGAAAGAUUAUUCAUUUAAAGAAACUCUUCUCAGGACAGCCAGUACAGGUUGGCACCAAGACCAUCAACAUUGGAGCCCACCCUGAUGCAAAGAUCUACUGUGUAAACCUGCUCGCUGCCAAGAUGAUCAAACAAGGGGAGGAUCAAAUAGCCUCCAGUGCACAGGCUGCGUUUCCCCUGGCAGCACUGGCCGUGGGAAUGUGGACUGAGUUUAAAGAAAUCGGGCAUCACCUUCUGGCACAUUUCUACUCUGUGUGUCCGGUUUUGGUUCCAAUGUAUGUGAACCGGACCAAGGAUAUGAGUGAAGCGGAGUACAUGAAGUCCCUUGGCUACAACGUGUCCAAGGAUGGAGUGGUUGAGAGCAAUGACCUCUUCCUCAACAGAGUACGAGGCACAGUCCGUUUCUACGCGGCCAUCAUUCAGACCCCUCAGCUGCCCACCAGUUCCACCCCACCCCCUCAUCCCCAUGGACUGGAACACGGCUGGAUGUGGUUGGCCAGAAUGCUCAAUUUGGAGCCACACCCAGUCGUAACUGCAGCUGCACUUGGAGAUUUUCUAGAGAUCGCUGGUCACGCUCUGAUGAAGAAGUACACCAAACAAUUCCAGAAACUAUUGUUUGUACUCUGGAAAGAGUUCAUUCCAAAGAUUGAGAAGAUCACUCCGGUAGCAGACAGGGGACCGCUUGCCAGACUCAAACUGUUUAUAGAGGGGUGUAUAUCUGCUGGCAAGAUUCCUGAACCCAAAGGCUACCUCACUAACGAAUUCUGGAGAACUAAAUCACAAGGAAUUGCUAUAGCUUAACAUUAUAUUUGGUUUGUGCAUCUCAUUCUGUACAUGUUGAUCAGUACUCUUUCCUGUAUACCCUUUCCAUGUACCAUUCAUUACUUCUUCAAUCUGUCAUGAUAUGAUAAUUAUCUGUUUA